CUUUUCGAUGUUUUAAUUUACUUGCCCUAUGAAAACUACUCCACACUGAGCAAUAAGUAAAGCGAAUUAUUGAUAGCAUUUUCGAAAAGCCUAGCCAUGGAUCAAAUGCUACCGAGUCCCGGCUUUUCUAUACCUAGUAUAGGAACACCACUCCAUCAGCCAGAAGAAGAUCAACUCAUUAUACCUUCACUCCAACACACCCCACAGUCUCAGCCAAAUAUUAUUCAUUCAUCUCAAUCACAAAUGCCACCCCUUGCUCCUAUGGGUAGCUUGACACCCACUCUGGGUCUUGGAAUGAGUGGUAUGGGGAUGAUGUCUCAAGGCAAAAUGGCUUCAACAGCAGCUUAUGGAUUUUCUACUCCUCAAAGUAUGAUGCAGCCACAGACACCUCAGCACACAAUGAUGUCAUCCCCAAUGGUUAAUCUUGGUGGAUCAACCAACUCUGUGCCUCCACCAAGUAUAGGACCAACUACCCCAGCACCAGCCACACCAAUGACACCACAUUCAGCAGAUCCAGGCAUUUUGCCUCAAUUACAAAAUAUUGUUUCAACCGUAAAUUUAAAUUGUAAGUUAGACUUAAAGAAAAUAGCUCUACAUGCGCGUAACGCCGAAUACAAUCCAAAACGUUUCGCCGCCGUGAUAAUGCGAAUUCGCGAGCCGCGAACGACGGCGCUGAUAUUCUCUUCAGGGAAGAUGGUCUGCACGGGCGCGAAGAGUGAGGAAGACUCGCGACUGGCAGCUAGGAAGUAUGCCCGCAUCAUCCAAAAGCUCGGCUUUCCCGCGAAGUUUCUUGAUUUCAAGAUUCAAAAUAUGGUCGGCAGCUGCGAUGUGAAAUUUCCUAUCCGAUUGGAAGGUUUGGUGCUGACACACAGUGCUUUCAGUUCCUAUGAACCAGAACUGUUUCCCGGACUGAUCUAUCGUAUGGUCAAACCUAGAAUAGUAUUACUUAUUUUUGUCUCCGGUAAAGUGGUGCUCACCGGCGCAAAGGUACGGCAGGAAAUCUAUGAAGCCUUUGAUAAUAUUUAUCCAAUUCUAAAAAGUUUCAAAAAGCAGUAAUCAUUCAUUCAACAUCUCAUCAAAAUAUUCAACAUCAUCAUCAUCACCACAUUUAAUUUUGUUUUUUUUUUUACGUUGGAUCUAUGUAGUUUCGUUGGAAACAUAAAGUUUGAUGAGUCUUUACAUAUGGUAACAAUUGAAAUAUGUACAUCAAUUUCAUUAUCUUCACUUAUCAUUAGAUAUAGAUUGAAGCAAAAUUAAUAGAAUGGAUUUUUGGGUUUAUUGUGACGUUGUGUUAAUGAAUGAGUAUUUUAAAGACAAUGCUUGUGAAUAUGAACAUAAAUAAGAUUAUUGUAGAAGGAAAUUGUACAAAGCAUCGCAAUUUGGAUGCGAAAACGUUUGUUGGACGAACAUUGAACUUAAUGAUCCUGUUAUUUUUCUAAUUUUAUCUACAAUAAAGGAAACAAAGCCAGUCGAAGCUA